CCAUCCAAUGUCUAUCUUAAUUCUUUAAAUACAGUCCUCAAUAUUAUUAUUUUAUCCCAAAACAAUUGUACAUUUUCGACGUGUUUUUUCGUUGGUUUGUUUUCUUGAAUCUUUACAUUUAAAACGUUUAGGAUAAAAAUGGGUAUUAAAAAGGUUUGGAUAUUUAAUAUUUAAUUAACGUAACGGUUUCCUAACCCUGGACAGCAAAAGCCAGUAUAGCCCUGAUGUGGACACACGCAAUUUGACGCUGUUUCUAGUCAUUUGAUACGUUCUUAUUGAAGUAAGGAGACUUCAGAGUUUGGGUGCCAUUUAUUAUUGAUUAGCACUUUUAAAAUAAAGCAUUAAGAACUGCACAGAAGCUAAAUAAAAUAUAGGGAUAACAUUAACAUAUUCCGUGUGUUUUUUCGAACGUCAUCGAUGUAUUGAGUAAAUGUCCAACCGCACGUGAACGCACCGCGCUGAACGCGCUCCUCUCGAGUGCUCCGCACAUCUGUCAGUUGGAGGACACUUCUCGUGUAGCGGGUCGCUCAACGCGUCCAGACGCUGUCGAUCAACAACCGGACCCGGCUCGGUUUUUCUGUCAUCCUCUUACUGUGGGGAAAAACACAACCAUUUUAUCGGUUAGCUCCUUUUUUUGUUUAGUUGUUUUUAAUUUAUAGCAACUGCCGUUGUAAGUUGUUGAUGUUUGGGGAUCACUCUGUCGUGAUGCACGGGUUAGCUAACAGUUAGCCAGCGUUAGCCGGAGUGCUAACCGUUAGCUAGCGUUAGCCGGAGUGCUAACGGUCAUCUGCAGCCGUGAACCCGGGUGCGGUUGAAGCGGAGUCCGCUUACGGGUUGGUCAACAACCCGCAGUAAACAUGGGGAAAAUAACCAGGUUGGUAGACCUGUACCACUAUCUCCAAGACCCCCACCUUGUGGCUCGAUUUCAGCACUUUUGCGGAGUACGCGAGACGAGAACCGUAACCUCCACCGCGGCGGCGGGAAAGGGAGCAGACCGGACUCAUGAGCACAAUAACGGGACUUGCCGUCGCCGCGUCACCGGGGGAGACGACAGCGAAUGCCUGGCCGCCAUCGGAGCCGGUGAAGGGGAGAAAGUACAGACGGCGGCGUUGGAGGGUGUUGGAAAGAGGGUCGUCAGUUCGAACGUGGCGGCGAACCGAGGGGAGGAAAGUGAAAAUCCGCCCCGGAACGGAGCGCUGGUCUCCGCGGUGACCGCUGUGGGAGAAGCGGGCAGAAAGGGACGAAGCGCCCCCGCCGCCGGGGCUCGGACGGACCCCAGCGGCAACGACAAAGAACCCGGGAGCAGCAGCACGGUCAAACCCCUACGGAAGAACUCUCUGACGGGCGACGCCGGGCAGGAGUUCCUCAUCCAGAACCGGUUCCUGUACUACGCCUUCACGUUCGGAACCGAGCUGGGCAACGAGCUGUUCUACAUCACCUUCUUCCCGUUCGUCACGUGGAACGUGGACGCCUUCGUGAGCCGCCGGCUGAUCAUGGUCUGGGUCUGGGUCAUGUACCUGGGCCAGUGCACCAAGGACCUGCUGGGCUGGUCCCGGCCCGCCUCGCCGCCCGUGAUCAAGGUGGAGAUGUUCUACAACUCGGAGUACAGCAUGCCGUCCACGCACGCCAUGUCGGGCACGGCCAUCCCCUUCUCGCUGUUCUUCAUGACCUACGGCCGCUGGGAGUACCCGUUCACUGUGGGCUUCAGCCUGGCUCUGUGCUGGUGUCUGCUGGUCUGCGUCAGCCGGAUCUACAUGGGGAUGCACUCAGUCCUGGACGUCAUCGCCGGCGUCCUCUACAGCGUCCUCAUCCUGCUCUUCUUCCUGCCGGCGUUGGACCUGAUCGACGGCUUCAACCUGACGUGCCGCUACGCCCCGCUCAUCAUCGUGUGCCUGCACCUGGGCCUGGGCCUCUUCUCCUUCAACCUGGACACCUGGAGCACCUCGCGGGGCGACACCGCUCAGAUCCUGGGCACCGGCGCCGGCGUGGCGCUGGCCUCGCACCUCAACAACCGCCUGGGCCUGAUGCCCGACCCCGCGCCGGACCAGCUGCCCUUGGCCGCGCCCGCCCUCGGCGCCGGGCUGCUGGCGGCGGCGCUGCUGCGGCUGGUGCUGGGCGUGCUGGUGCUGAUGGCCACGCGGGCGCUGAUGAAGGCCGUCACCAUCCCGGCGGUGUGCCGCGUGUUCGGCGUGCCCAGCGGCGACGUGAGGAAGGCCCGGCAGCGCAUGGAGGUGGAGCUUCCCUACCGCUACAUCGUCUACGGGGCGGUGGGCUUCAACGUGCUCUUCCUGGUCCCGCUGCUCUUCAGCUGCACUCGGCUCUCCUGAUCCAAGGGAGUAACGCGUGACCCGCUGGGUCAGAGCCAGUCUUCCUCCUCCUCCUCGUCUUCCUCCAGCUUCAUCCUGAGGACUCACUGUAAACAUGCCACUGACCACUAACCCGUGUCUUAGUAUUUACAUUCAACACAGAACCACACAAGAACAUUUUUAGUGACUGGACUCGAGUGCAGAGCUAAUCGUUGAUUCUUUGAAAAUACCUGCAGGGACAUUUUUCAAUUCAGGAGCUAAACUGUGUGGUUCUUUGUCGGGGAGCUUCUUAAUAUUUUUUAUUUAAUCUUCUCAGCAAUACCGUUUUAUACUUCAUCAUUCCAGUGUCGGAGGUUAUCCUGCCGGUGACCUUUGACCCCUGUGGGUCAGACACGGUUUUGGACUGACUUUGUGGAGGUGUUUGACCUCUUGUGUGCAAGGACACUUUGUCUCUUGUUUCAGAAGCUGCUCUGGGAUCGAUCUGCUUCUUUAUGUGAUGACAGGAAUCUUUCUCUUUUUAUAACACUGUACACCGGCCUCCUGCUAGAUGCUCUAAUGGCUUCCAUGGUGGAGGUUAGGAGGGAGGAGAGGAAGGAAGGAAGGAAGCAAAGAUAAGAGACAGGAGGGAGGACAGAGGGCUGAUGAAGGGAGAAAACACCUUAGGCAAAUAAAGUUAAUAUUUCAUACAAUAUACUUUUUCAAAGUUGUAAUGUUUUCAGAAAAAGGUUAUUAAAUGCAGAAUGAAAAUAAAAUAAGAAAAAUGGGACUUUAUUUAUCAUGAUUUUACUUUGUUGCAGUGAUAAAAAAGUCCAGCAGUGAUAUUUCAACUCUGCUCUUGAGUCGCAGUAAACAGGAAGUCGAGACUUUAAUCCUCAUCACGUUUUAUAAAACUUUAUAAAACAGUUUGUAUCGAAGCAGGAAGAGAAACUCAAAUUACACUUCACAGAUUUUCAUACUAAAAGUGUUUCUGACGAUUCAACACCAGCUAAAGUUCCUGUUUGUGUCCAAAGGAACGGAAACAAGAUGCCAGAUAACACACACACACACACACACUCGGGUUUCUCACCUGCACCAGCUGUGACUGAAGUGCCUUUUUUCAGCUGACCUUGGCUGGUGACCUUUGACCUCAAGCAGAGAAAAACAACCUCUUCCUCUUGGGUCUUAUUUUGGCAGGUUGAUUUGUAUGUUGUUGUUCGAAUGGUACGGUCCUGAUAUAAAUGCACUGCCCCCCCCCCCCCCCCCCACCUGUGUUCCUUUAAUUGUUUUACGUUUCCAUGAGUUCAUUCACGUAAAGGUUUAAUUCUUCCAGGACUUUAGUUCAAGAGAAGAAUUGUUCUGUUGUUUAUGGAGAUGAACUAAAGAGUGAAGAGCGACGCUAAAUGGGAUUAAAGGAAACUUCCUGACCGUCGUCAUGACGACGCCGAGCCAAAUCCAUCUGAACUCAGGAUUUGGUUUCAUGUUUGUUUUGCCCAGACAAAGCUGCAAAAUGUAUAAAACUGAUUGAUAAAAAAAAACAGUAAUAAUUGUAAAAUAUAAUUCAUUAUCUUAUUUUGGGUUAUUUUUAAUAACAAUAUUUAUUCUUUCUAAAUCUUACUUUCACAUUUUAAUUUAGUCCUUGGUCAUAAUCAAAUUCUUUCAAUUCUGAUCUUGAAUUGUAUUUUUUGCAAAAACCAAUGUGUUUAAAAGGUAUUUGCAAUAGAAAUGAUUUGUUAUAAUCCCAUCAGUGGGUUUAUUUAUGAAUACAUUAAUCUUCUUAUUAUUUCAAAGACCUGACUGACUGUCGCUGCUCUUCCCUUUAGUGCCUUUAUUAUAAUUGUUAAUGUUCAGGUAUAUUUUUUGUUUUACUUUUUCCUGACUUGUUUUAGUUUUUCACAUU